CAUUUUUUGUGAGUCUUCAGAGAAAUAUUACAAAGUUGCUGGAAUGAGGAGAAUUGAAAGCGAGUUUUCCCGAUUUCAAAAUUUCAAAUGGAAAUCAGCAAUCAAGGUAAUUCAGGUGGAAAUAUUUACCUUCCUGCAUGCUUUAGAGUAAACCUAGCGAUGCGAGCGGAAAUCACGCUUUAUGUAGCCUACAGCGAAACGUGAAAUAAGUCAAGAUUUCCGUAACUUCUAUGAGCUUUGGGCUAAGAAGUCUCCGAAAGGGAGAAGCAUAGCAUUCCAGCUAACAUAGCCUACCGUAUCGUUGCCGUUAGACCACGUCUCUCCCAGUAAGUCAGGUCUUUGGCUACACUUGAUUUUGUUUUAUAGUGUUUGGGACAACAUUAAGAUGAAAUAAUAUCUGCUCAAAAGCAACGUUUUCAUUUUGGCUCUCCAAAUCAAUGCAAAACCACUCUAGGUUGGGCUCGUAUUCAUGCUCUGCUUUCUCCAUCUCAUUGGCAGAGACAAAUGAGACCCGUAUCCAACUCGGUCUUGCAACAUAAGUAUAGAUACAUUUUAAAACCAUCUACCCCUGAAAGUAACAUUUUGUUGGGUCAACCUAUGGAGACUUCAUUAUUUUUUCAGUAGACCUUUGUAUGGAUUUGCAAAUCAUACAGGCCAGACCAUCGAUCCUUUAAUAGUUAUGUUAGUUAGUCAAGUGUUACGUUAGUCAACAUUUUAAAAAGCCACCCCUUUCGCCAACGACUUCAGCCCACAAGACCCUUCUAUCUAAACCAGGAAUGUGGACGGAAGACACCCACUGAGCGACGUAGUGGCCGUCGUGGUAGCCCGUGACUGCACGCUGCACUGAGAAAGUUUUCGAGCCCCCACACCAGACAUCGCCGUCCGACUCCGCAUAGAGGGGAAUGAGAGCCUCUUCAGGCUUUCUCUACUACCGGUUCCAGGAAAACAUUUGGACAAAAAAAGCCACUUGAAGAAGCAUACGGCUGCCCCAACUCAUAAUGCGGACAGAUUGAACAGCGUCAGGAAACAAUAAUACUCCGUGGACUGCUUGUGUUGCAAGAAUCUAUUGCUGGAUCUACCGAGCUCUGGUGCUGAACAAAAAUCGCAGUUUUUUUUCUUUAUCACGGCCAACUUACCAAGGAAAGAUAAUUACCAGAGGUUUGACCUGAUCUGACAGAGAUGACGUCCCCCGCGAAAUUUCGUAAGGACAAGGAGAUUAUUGCAGAAUAUGAGACUCAAGUUAAAGAGAUCCGGGCCCAGCUGGUGGAGCAGCUGAAGUGUCUGGACCAGCAGUGUGAGCUCCGUGUGCAGCUCCUCCAGGACCUGCAGGACUUCUUCCGCAAGAAGGCCGAGAUCGAGAUGGACUACUCCCGUAACCUGGAGAAGCUGGCCGAGCGCUUCCUGGCCAAGACACGCAGUACCAAGGACCACCAGUUCAAGAAGGAGCAGACGGUGUUGUCCCCGGUGACCUGCUGGAACCUGUUGCUGAGCCAGGUGAAGAGGGAGAGCCGAGACCACGCCACCCUGAGCGACCUGUACCUCAACAACAUCAUCCCCCGCUUCGCCCAGGUCAGCGAGGACUCUGGGCGCCUCUUCAAGAAGAGCAAGGAGGUGGGUCUGCAGCUGCAGGAGGAUCUGAUGAAGGUUCUUAAUGAGCUGUACACGGUGAUGAAGACGUACCACAUCUACAACACGGACAGCAUGAACGCCGAGAGCAAGCUGAAGGACGCGGAGAAGCAGGAGGAGAAGCAGAUGGGGCGCUCCGUCCGCCAGGAGGACCGCCAGAGCCCCCGCUCCCCCGACGCCCUCGCCACCGUCAGGAUCGAGGAGAAGCACGUGCGCCGCUCCUCCGUCAAGAAGAUCGAGAAGAUGAAGGAGAAGCGCCAAGCCAAAUACACUGAGAACAAGCUGAAAGCCGUCAAGGCCCGGAAUGAGUACCUGCUGCAGCUCGAAGCCACCAAUAGCUGUGUGUUCAAGUACUACAUCCACGACCUCUCCGACCUCAUAGACUGCUGUGACCUGGGCUACCAUGCCAGCCUGACCCGGGCCCUGCGGACCUACCUGUCGGCCGAGUUCAACGUGGAGGCGUCCAAGCACGGCGGCCUGGAGGGCAUCGAGGGCGCCGCCGAGAACCUGGAGGCCAACGCUGACAAGCAGCGGCUCAUGGAGUCCUACAACAACGUCUUCUGCCCCCCCAUGCGCUUCGACUUCCAGUCCCACAUGGGAGACUCGAUGGAUCAGAUGUGUGCUCAGCAGCCGGUGCAGGUGGAGUUGUUGCAGAGAUGUCAGCAGCUCCAGUCUCGUCUGUCCACACUGCGCAUCGAGAAUGAGGAGGUGAAGAAGACCAUGGAGGCCACGCUGCAGACCAUCCAGGACAUGGUGACCAUCGAGGACUUCGACGUCCAUGACUGCUUCCACCACAGCAACUCCAUGGAGUCGGUCAAGUCCUCCAUCUCAGAGUCCUACAUGAGCAAGCCCAGCCUGGCCAAGAGGAGGGCCAAUCAGCAGGAGACUGAGCAGUUCUACUUCACGAAGCUGAAGGAGUUCCUGGAGGGGCGCAAUCUGAUCACCAAGCUGCAGGCCAAGCAUGACCUGAUCCAGAAGACCCUGGGAGAGAGUCAGAAGACCGACUACUGCCUUGCCAGUGGAAGAAGGAGUUCCACAGUGCGGAAGCAGGACUCGAGCCAGGUCAUCCCCCUGAUGGUUGAGAGCUGCAUUCGCUUCAUCAGUCGUCAUGGUCUGCAUCAUGAGGGCAUCUUCAGAGUGUCUGGCUCCCAGGUAGAGGUGAACGACAUCAAGAAUGCCUUUGAAAGAGGCGAGGAUCCUCUGGCUGGGGACCAGAAUGACCAUGACAUGGACUCCAUCGCUGGCGUGCUCAAGCUGUACUUCCGGGGGCUCGAUCAAGCGCUCUUCCCGAAGGAAGUUUUCCAUGAACUCAUUUCCUGUGUCUCCAUGGAGUCUCUCCAGGAGAGGGCUGUCCACAUCCGUAAGGUCCUAGUGCAGCUGUCCAGCAACACCCUGGUCAUCAUGAGAUACCUGUUUGCUUUCCUCCACCACCUGUCUCAGUACAGUGAGGAUAACAUGAUGGACCCGUACAACCUCGCGAUCUGCUUCGGCCCCACCCUCAUGUCGGUCCCCGAGAGCCAGGACCAGGUGUCCUCCCAGGCCCACGUCAACGAGCUCAUCAAGACCAUCAUCAUCCACCACGACGCCAUCUUCUCCGGCCCCCGCGACCUUCAGGGGCCCGUGUACGACCGAGGAGGGGUCCCCGAGGAGUACUGUGAGAGUCCACACAGUGAGCCCCCCCUAGUGGAUGAACCUGCUCCUGACACUGUCUCCGAGGUCCACAACAGCGAUGACGGAUCAUUGGUUGUUUCAGAGUCGGACCCCAUUGAGGCGAUCGCGCGCUACGACUACUCUGGCCGCACCAAUCGCGAGCUGUCGUUCAAGAAGGGGGCGUCUCUUCUGCUCUACCGCCGCGCCUCUGAUGACUGGUGGGAGGGGCGUCACAAUGGAGCCAGUGGACUGGUUCCGCACCAGUACAUAGCCCUGCAGGACACGGCAGAGCAAUGGCCCUUCACAAUUCCUGUGCACGUCCCUGACCACCAGUACAUAGCACUGCAGGACAUGCCUGAUGGCUUCACUGGUAGAGGCAGUCCCAAAGCUGACCUGGAGGGCUCCCAUGAGUCUGGCCUGCAGGGAGAGAAAGUGUCCACUAGAGGCAGCGCUAGCUCACCCACAGGAGGCCAUGUGGCUGACAUCUACCUGGCCAACCUCAACAAGAUGAGGAAGCAGUCCAGUGGGAGUAUCAGAAGAGCCUUCCGGACCGCGGAGGGUCUGAGUGAGGUCUUACCCCCGCCCUUGUCUCCGGGAGCAACAGGGGGUAGUAUGCGUGCCACCUCCAUGCCCGUGGCGGGCCUGGCGAAGGAGGGCGGAGCCGACAAGCGCCCGGUGAGCGCCCACAGCGUGCUGAACUCCAUCACACGCCACUCCUCCCUCAAGACCAAGGUGGAGAGCCCGCAGAUCCGCAAGGCCACCACCGCGGGGCGCUCCAAGAGCUUCAGCAACCACCGGCCCUUUGACCCGGAGGUGUUCGCCCAGGUGGAGCAUAGCUCCCAGGACAUCGAGGCCACCAUGAACACGGCUCUGAGCGAGCUUCGGGAGCUGGAGAGGCAGAGCUCGGUGAAGCACGCCCCCGACGUCGUCCUGGAUACGCUGGAGCAGCUCAAGUCUGGGGGCGUGGUUGGAGGCGGGGUCUCUGAACCGUCCAGCCCCCUGCACUCCCGUCUGCUGCGGGAGGUGGACGCCCCCCAGCACCCGCUCCAGCGCAGCGCCAGCUCGGCGUCCGACAUGCCCAGCACCUUCCGCCCGGGCAAAGGUGCCAACCCCAAGAGCCCGCUGCUGGCCUCCUGCUCCUCCCCGACCUCCUCUUCCUCCUCCAUGGGCCUCUCCUCCUCCUCCUUCAGGGAGAUCCGCCCCCCCGCCACGCGCCCCAAGCCAGUGGUGUUCCCCAAAACUGGAGGCUCGUCUGGGAGCAGCGGAGCCAUGGGGUCCCCCACCACCUCCAUCCCCCCUACCCCACCUCCUCCGCCCCCUCCUGCGGACAAGUCCUGUCCGGUGUGACCCCCCCACACCCCACACCCCUCUGACCUCUGACCCCUACCACUGUCUUUCUUUAACACCUUGUGUGUGGAGCAGGACUCUAACUCCCACUUAUUUUUAGCCUUUUACUUCCAAAUGCCCCCGAUGGGCAAGAUUUUUUAAUGGCUUGAUGAUGAUGAUGAUGAUGAUAAUAACGAUGAUGAUGAUGAUGAUGAUGAUGAUGAUGAUGAUUUUGUCUUGGAAUGGGAUCUUAGCAGAGUUCAGCAUCACGGCUGUGAGUGUUUGAGUGGCGUGUGUGUCGCGUUAUUACCUCCGCAGCGCGUACACACAGCCGUGCCGUGCAGUAGACCCCUAACCGGACACUCCGUGCGAUGGGGUGAUCCCGAAAGGUCCCGAUAACCUCUUCUUUUUUUUCCUUACUUAAUUUACUGUUUUAUAGUUAUAUUUGAAAGAAUGGCCAACAGACACAACGGCUUCGCAAGGACAUAAACUGUGAAAAAACUGGUGGACAAGAAUAGGCUGACAUCGCUGCUCACAACGGGAAACUGAAUUAGCCAUCAUCCAGAGAGAUAGAUAGAGAGAUAGAGAGAGAGAGAGAGAGAGAGAGAGAAAGAGAGGGAAUGAGAAGGAGGGAUGAAGGAUCAGACUGGAAGGUUUCAGACUGAGCAGACAGAUGUGAGAUUUUUUAUAUAUAUAUAUAUAUAAAGGCUGUAUGUAGGGAUUGCGGUGGAACGGCGGAUUGAAUUUGUGUAUUUUUCUGCGGCUUGCGUUGUUUUGGUGGCUUUUGAUUGGCGGAGGACACCAGGCUGGCUUUUUAUUGGCGGAGGACACCAGGAAGGCAGGACUCUCUCCUCACGUACCCCUCAAGGAAACCCUACCGGGUAGCAGCUAACGGGAGCGACUCCAGAACCAGAUCCGCACCAUGGUGUGAGUGUGUGUGUGUGAGUGUGUGUGUGUGUGGUUCUCUCCGCCCUGGACAUCUCCUCGUAGAGCUCCUCAUGAAGAGCCAAGCUGGCAGAGCGGUCGGUUCGGCUCCUCGGGCGUGACCCACUGGACCCGGACUUCACCCCACUGAGCUGCAUAGCAAGCUUGCUCCGGAUCGGGUUCUGCUGGGCUCGGCUGGGCUCGGCUGGGCUCGGCUGGGCUCAGAGCAGGGCCAGAUCUAUAGGUUCUGGAGUCCGCUGGUGUUUUGGACAGAACACCUACUGUAAGAUAAGAUAACGACAGGCACGUGUAGCACCUACUCUGCAAUAAGAAAUUCAGUUUUAAUAAGACACAACACAGAGAUGGACUAACACACACACACACACACACACACACACGCGCGCACGCACUAACACAUUCACACACACACACACACCCUUUCUGUGUGUGACAUAAGCUUUCUGAAACCAGUUUAUCUCUGCAUGAGUCUUCAAGGCAAGUUUUGCAGUUCCUCUCUGCUACAGCAUCAGCUGGAAAACACACCCACACACCCACACACACACUUCCUCUCGGCUAUAGCAUCAAUGGGAACGCAUCAUUCAGCUGCUAGUGGCCAGCAGGCCUGUAGAUACCGGCUGCAGAGAUAUUUCCAAAACAGCAACUCUUCAACUCAAACAUCUCUGUGUGAUCCUGUGUCCUGUAAUUAACUCUGUCACACACACACACACACACACACACUCACACACACUCUUCAAGUCAAACUCAAACAUCUCUGUGUGAUCCUGUGUCCUGUCACUAACUCUCAGUCAUAGGCCAUUUAUGUACAGUGAUUUCAAAAGAAAAGAAUAGAAAUGUUCUAUGAAGUAUAACUGGAAAUCGACAGAUGGGGAAUAAUGUCUUAUGAAAGUCAUAUCAGUCGACGCCAAGCUCUCCUUAUGUGGAGGCACAACAUGGCUUCUGUCUUCUGGGGAAACAAAAUGUCUGACUUCCUUCUUUACUCUACUUUAAAGAUGAUAUCACAAUAACUGUAUGGUUGUACUGUGUGCGUGAGUGUGAGUGUAUGUGUAGUAUUUGUAUGCGUGUGUGUGCAUGCUCUUGUGGAACCUGUGUGGCACACUUCCAUGUGUGCGUCAGUUUGCGCGUCUGUGUGUGUGUAUCGUGACGCAGCACGAACAGGUCAUUCAUUGUAUAAUUCACAAAGGUAAGCUUGACUGUGCAGUACUGCACCACGCCACAAGAGGGAGCUGCACUGAUUACCCCUCUCCUCACUCUGACUGGACUCUUCACUUUCUCAGAGACGAGUCUCGGCCUCUGACAGCACUGGGCCUUACACACACACACACACACACACCCACACACACAUAUAUCACCCUGAAUGCAGCUCCUACUCUUCCCUCACACACACCUGACUGUUCCACUCAAUACCGAUCAGACUCCUCUCUCUCAUCCUCUCAGCCAGGGAGUCCAAGCAGUCGGUCUCUCUGCUCCUGAGCACACGCAGACACACAAUAACACCAGAGUGAGAUGGAGUCACAGACACAAUAACACCAGAGUGAGAUGGAGUCACAGACACAAUAACA